AUGGCCAAGACCAAGAAGUCUGGUGACACCCUCGCCUCCCGCCUCGCUCUCGUCAUGAAGUCAGGCAAGGUCACUAUGGGCUCUAAGUCCAGCAUGAAGACCCUCCGCUCCGGCAAGGCCAAGCUGAUUCUCAUCGCCGGCAACUGCCCGCCCCUGCGCAAAUCCGAGCUCGAGUACUACGCUAUGCUGGCCAAGGUCCCCGUACACCACUUCAACGGCAACAACAUUGAGCUUGGCACUGCCUGCGGUAAAUUGUUCCGCUGCUCUACUAUGGCUGUCCUGGAUGCCGGUGACUCCGACAUUCUGAGCCGCGAGGCAUAA